UCUUGUUUUGCUUCAAUGACGAUCCCAGUGAUUGAUUUUUCAAAGCUCAACGGCGAGGAGAGGGCCAAGACAAUGGCUGAGAUCGCCAACGGAUGCGAGGAGUGGGGAUUCUUCCAGCUGGUGAACCAUGGAAUUCCAGAGGAGCUCCUUGAAAGGGUGAAGAAGGUCUGUUCCGAGUGCUAUAAGCAGGAAAGAGAAGAAAAAUUCAAGAACUCAACACCAGUGAAGCUGUUGAAUGAGAUAGUUGAAAAGAAGAGCGGCAACAAGUUGGAGAAUGAGGACUGGGAAGAUGUCUUCACUCUCCUAGACGAUAACGAGAGGACAUCUGAAACCCCGGGAUUCAAGGAAACCAUGGCUGAAUACCGAACAGAACUGAAAAAAUUGGGCGUGAAGGUCAUGGAAGUGAUGGAUGAGAAUUUAGGUUUACCCAAGGGAUCCAUCAAGAAAGCAUUUGAUGGUGAAGAAGGCAGUGCCUUCUUUGGCACCAAGGUAAGUCACUACCCCCCAUGUCCAAAUCCAGAGCUGGUGAAUGGUCUCCGAGCUCACACCGACGCUGGAGGCGUCAUCCUACUUUUCCAAGAUGACAAGGUGGGAGGUCUUCAAAUCCUCAAAGACGGCGAAUGGAUCGAUGUUCAGCCAUUGCCAAAUGCCAUUGUCAUCAACACUGGAGAUCAGAUUGAGGUCUUGAGCAAUGGUCGAUAUAAGAGUGUCUGGCACCGAGUUUUGGCCACACCAGAUGGAAACAGAAGAUCAAUUGCUUCAUUUUACAAUCCCUCCCUUAAGGCCACCAUAUCCCCUGCAACUCAGCUGGUGGAGAAUCUUAAGAAAGAGGUGGAUCAAGCUUACCCCAAGUUUGUGUUUGGUGACUAUAUGUCUGUGUAUGCUGAGCAGAAGUUCCUCCCAAAGGAACCAAGGUUCCAAGCUGUGAGGGCCAUGUAA